CCAUUUGAUGAGCACUACCCCCCAUGUGAUGGGCACUACCCCCCAUGUGAUGGGCACUACCCCCCAUGUGAUGGGCGCUACCCCCCAUGUGAUGGGCACUACCCCCCAUGUGAUGAGCGCUACCUCCCAUGUGGUGGGCACUACCUCCCAUGUGGUGGGCGCUACCUCCCAUGUGGUGGGCGCUGCCUCCCAUGUGGUGGGCGCUACCUCCCAUGUGAUGGGCGCUACCUCCCAUGUGGUGGGCGCUACCUCCCAUGUGGUGGGCGCUACCUCCCAUGUGGUGGGCGCUACCUCCCAUGU